AUGCAAGUCGGGCUUACAUUAAGUUUAAAGAACAAAGAAGGUCGCCUUAAGUUGAGUCUCUUAGAUCAUGGAUGCUAUGUCGGAGAUUUAUCGAUAAAGUUGGAUGGUGGAGCAGCUUGGCUUUACCAAUUGCUAGUUGAUGCCUUUGAAGAGAAUAUAUCAUCUUCAGUAGAAGAAGGAAUUUCAGGGAAAAUAAAAGAAGGAAUAACAAAGCUUGAUAAUUUUUUGCAAGCUCUUCCAAAGCAAAUUUCCCUUGAUGAAACUGUUGCGCUAAAUGUUUCUUUUGUUGGUAAUCCUGUGUUGAGUAAUUCUUCUGUUGCAGUUGCAAUUAAUGGUUUAUUCACAAGAACAAGCCAAAUCUUACUUCCUCAAAGUUACAAGAAAUGA